AUGACUUCAGUCCCAUCAAGUCUGAAAAAGGGAAGCCUGAGUAAAAGACUGGACCAGAGACCGCCGCCAGGACCCUUCUGGAAGGCCGCCGCCAGGACCCUUCUGGAAGGCCCGCCGCCAGGACCCUUCUGGAAGGCCCGCCGCCAGGACCCUUCUGGAAGGCCCGCCGCCAGGAACCCUUCUGGAAGGCCCGCCGCCAGGACCCUUCUGGAAGGCCGCCGCCAGGACCCUUCUGGAAGGCCCGCCGCCAGGACCCUUCUGGAAGGCCGCCGCCAGGACCCUUCUGGAAGGCCGCCGCCAGGACCCUUCUGGAAGGCCGCCGCCAGGACCCUUCUGGAAGGCCCGCCGCCAGGACCCUUCUGGAAGGCCCGCCGCCAGGACCCUUCUGGAAGACCGCCGCCAGGACCCUUCUGGAAGGCCCGUGAGCAGAUUCUGGGCUGCAGCUGA